UUUUUCAAGACGGCCGGUUGGGAAAGUGUAUUUUUAUUUAUUAUAAUUCGUUUUAAUUAAGUAUAAAUAAAAUGCGGGUUAUAAUCAGAAGACUUGUAUCUGCUACUAAUGCGUCUUGCACCAGAUACAACACUGCACGAUAUAGCUCAAACGAUGCUAAGAACAAGAAGAAAGAAGUUGAAGAAGCUGCGGAGAAGAAAAUUGAAGAAGUCAGAAAAAAUAUAAUUGUAGAGAAGUACGGUGGAAUCACAACACUGAACAUUGACCGUCAGCAGAAACGUAACAGCCUGGACGAAGCCACACUACGUGAGAUUGAGGCGGCGAUAGAGUCAUUUGAUAAGGACCAACAGGCCAAAGUUCUUGUUAUCAAUGGGGAAGGAGGCACUUUCUCUUCUGGCUUCGACAUGGAUGAGAUGGGUACUAAGGGCUACAAUGUACUCAAAGAUGCAGCGAAUCGCCUGCGCAGACGACCACUGUGCGACAAGCCGACGAUCGCGGCAGUAGCAGGGUUCGCGGUGGCGGAGGGCUUCGAGCUGGCGCUUGCGUGCGACCUGCGAGUCAUCGAGGACACCGCGGUGUUAGGGUGCCUCGGACGACGGUUUGGAGCUCCACAGACGUUGUACGGAGCGCGGCGGCUAACGUCGCUCAUAGGGCUGUCCCCUGCUCUCACCCUGCUGAUGACAGGCAAGCUGAUCUCCGGGGUGGAAGCCAACCAGAUGGGGCUGGCCUGCAAGACCACCUCCACUGGCACUUCACUAGGCGAAGCGAUAAAGCUAGCGAAGUCCCUAGUAAAAUUCCCCCAAAACGCCCUGAUAAUGGACAAGUUGGCUGCCGUGAACUCUACUCUGAACCCCAACUCUGAGGACAGCAUGCGGGACGAGGCGGUGAUGGAGAGCCUCCUCGGCAACGCCAUUGAGGACAUGAAAGAGGGUGUGAAGAAGUUCCAGGGAGGCAUCGGGAAGCACGGUAAAUUCUACAAACUGACAGAGGUGCCACUCAAAGACUGGGAGCUAGAGGAAUCCGUGGAGGAGAUCACCAUCAUCGAGGAGAAAAAGGAUGACAAGCGUUAAUCAUUUGCCAAGUAUUAAGUUUUAAGUUAUAAAUAAAUAAUAAAUAGACAUGUUAAUCUAGUCUACUAAUGUAUUGUUAUUAACUUUAUAUCCCACGGGGAUUACAAAAUCGUGUUAUCUCAAAAACUGAAAGUUUUGAGGGUCCCCUCUAUUGGCGUUUUGGCAAAAUGGGGAAGUUUCCAGGCGACGUUCCGUUCUGUUUUAUGUAUUGUGUCCUACCAUAGAAUAAGGAAUAAUACUACGUACAGAACGGCAACUCCCCUCCCACCAGCGCCUGAACUAAGUUUACCUCACCCCCCUCGAACAUAGUUUCUUGAAUCAUAUGGUGUCGGACGUCACGCACAGUUGCGCGUGUUGAUAAUGUCAAUGUGUAGUGUCUGUGUAAAACGAGGUUGUUUGUAUGAAGUGUCCGGGUGUGCUCCUACUUAGCUUGGUUAGUGGCGAAAUUUGCAGUCAUUUGUUUUAGAAUAUUCGUAUUUGCUAUUUCUAAACUAGAAAAUAUUUUUUACACUAGUAACCCUAAAAAUCAAUAUCCUAUUUAAUUUGGCGUGAUUACACUGACAGCAGAUUAGAGUACCAAGUGAACCUCGCCCAGUGCGAAAGAGUCGAGAGAUAUCUCUUUCGCACUAACGGUAUACAGCCUAGUACGAAAGAGACGAUAGAUAAGUAUCUUUCUAGUGUUACCCGAUAAUCGACUGUAUAUAUUAUUUUCUAAGCCCCUAAGUAAUCUAAAUAUUGAUAUGACUAUCAAUAGUAUUGCAAUUGUUCUACAAACGAUAGUAUCGAUAUAAUCGUUUAUAUCUAACAAUUAUUAGAUUAUAGUCAAUAAAUUGAUUGUAGAAUCGAUUACGUUGCAAUAAUCGAAUGUAUCGAGGUUAUUGUUGCAUAAUCUGUGUGAACAAUAUUAUCUUAACCAAUACCUGCAUAUAAUCGAUUAUUCCAAUAUAAUUGCAAUAAUUUGAAUUAUUUAGGGGGUCCAUAAUCGAUUAUUCGGUAACACUAUCUCUUUCGCACUCACGGUAUGCAGCUUAGUACCAAAGAGACAAAAGAUAUGUCAAUCUAAUCAGCCUACUUAAAUAGGGUAUAAUCCUACCGCUACUCGUUACAGUGGUGUUGCCACUUAAUCCAAAUUAAUAUGAAAAUAAAACUCUUUUUAAAGUUA